AUGGCGUAUCAUCCUGACUAUCCUCCAGCGGACGACGGGUUUGAUGUCGAGCUUCUUGAGUACUCGAAGUACAUUGUCUUCUAUCUCGUUGCAGUCGCUAACGAGAACAACAUCUCCCUGAUAUUCCACAUCGCCCAACGUGUCAAACAGAUGCGAGACAACGUCGAGGCCGACGACGAGCACAGCCAGCGGCUGUAUGUGCUCAGCGACCUUGCACAAGCCGUCAUUAGAAAUUUCGCUGAUACCAUGCCGCAUGCGAAAGGCGCAAAUGUGUUGCAGACUUGGCCGGGCAAAGUCAACCUCCAUAAGUCGCUCUUCCGGCCAAUGUCCAGCCAUGCUGAGGCGCAAAAGGUUGCAGAGAAAAACUAUCUGCCGGAAGAUACUGCGCUUGGCCUGGAGAAGUUCGUCAAAGACACCAUGAAGCAACUGAAAGGCGUCAAAGCCGUGCGGCGUCCCUCGCAACUACCAACGGCGGCUCAGAAACGCAAGAGCGUCUCUGUUGAGCCUGACGAUGACGACGACAAGCCGAGAAAGAAGAAGAAGAGCAGUCUGCCUAUCAGAAAGACGCCAAAGGCCAAGACCCAGAAGACCAAGGUCAAUGAUGCUACAACCGAGUCUCAUGAGCCCUCAAGAAAGAGCGCUCGAGCGUCCAACGCGAUCAGCUAUGCCGAAGGUAGCAGUGAUGAGGAGGAGGACGACGAUGAUCAACACUCCGGCGCAGCCAAGCGCAUGGGACGGCACCAACUGUCUAGUCCCGCCAUCAUCGAGGUUGGGACAAAGCGGGCAAAAGACAAUGGCGGUGAUACAGAUAUGCAGGAGAACGGCAAUGGCAUCGACAUCCACGAAGAUGAUAGCGACCAAGACGUGGGCGAUGACGAUAGAGCAGUAACACCAUCACCGAGUCCAUUGAAGGAGCGUGAGAAUACGCCUGGUCCGACCUCGCCGGCUAAGAAGAAGGGCAAGCAGAAUGGGGCCAGCAAGAAGACCGCCACAGCAGCUGAGAAGAAGCAGACUUCGGCAAAAGCAACACCCGUCUCGUCGAAGCGGAAGUCCACCGCUGAAGCAACGUCGGCUACGAAAUCUGCUUCGGUCAAGAAAGCUAAGUCAGCAAAAGCUGUGGGUACUGGUGAAGACGAAGCGCCGGUGGAGGAGAACACGCGGAGCACGCGCGCUACGAGGCGGAGUCGCGGAUGA